AGCUGCACGUUCACGGCACCGUCAUUGCAUGAGAAAGAGGGGGGCUGGACCCAAGCUCCUGAUCCUCUCAGUCUGACCGGACAGGCGAAAAACACUUUGGGAUUUCCAGAACAAAAGCGACAACGGACAAAACAGAGCAGCUGAAGUGCUGUAUCUACGCACAGCCUCGUGAGAUAUAAAAGCGUGACAUCUCUGAUGGCGACGCAGAGUUACCAUGACUUGAAGGUUAUCGUUCCUAAAGGGACACCGUCUAAAAGACAAGAUGGGCACCUCGGCAGUCAACGGCAGCAGAAAUCACCACACCACCACAACUCUAAUGGAAAGGAACAUCCUAGCCCCAGCAGUCGCAGGCAGCGAGAAAGCAACAGCAGUGGCAAUGUGAGCUUCAGCACCAAUCAUAACUCUGUAAUAUGUCUUCCACUGGUAUCCGAGGGCCUAAAGCUAGUGUGGACCCAAUCAGACCAAACACGUGAGCUGGAUACUAUACCGGAGUUGGUACAGGCCUUUAAUAUCUUUCCCUACCCAACAUCUCAAGAGGUCAGCACCCUGGCCCGCGUAUGUGAUCUUCCACUCGAUAAAGUCAAGGUCUGGUUUAUGGUGCAGCGCAUCAAGUAUGGUAUCAGCUGGGCAUCAGAGGAUAUUGAAGAGACACGGCUCAAGCUGGCCAGGACCGAAUAUGUGAGCGAGAAUGAAAGCAAGACAAAGAGGAAGAAUGAAUUCGAUGAUUUAAAGAAAACAGAAGGGACUCCUAAAGAUCAUGUAGAAGAUCUAACACACAGCCCACAGUCGCCUCACAAAAGACAUAAAAAUGAAAGCCCACAACCAACAAAGCUCUCUCCUGCUGCUUCACGUUUUCGUUCAUCUCUACCAGCUCCUCAGGAUUCAUACUACUACCGCCAACCAGUGGAAGUGUCAGAAACACCUCAGGCAUCCACACCACCAACUUCUGUGGAGUCUUCAGUUGGAUCCGAGCAGCCACGGCACAGCCGCUACAAAAAGUCUAAAGCCCAGUUGGCUGCUUUGCGUCAAAGUUUUCUCCGGGAGAACUGGCCUGAUGAGACCGAGCUCCAGCGGUUACAAGAAGAGACGGGCUUAAGUCGUAAUGACAUUCGAAAAUGGUUUAGCGACAGUCGAUACCAGCUGCGAAACGGUAGGGGGUCAUCAGCUUCGGCGUCCUCCCCUGCUACGCGAGGAGAAAAUGAAACCACGUCCAGUCUAUCAUCUCAGGAGCUUCAGCCGCUUUCGCUCACCACUAAAAAAGUCAACCCAAUACAGCACACCGAUAGCGAAAAGGCUCGUUUGAAAGGGGCGCGAAAAAAUCGGUCAAGGGACUCUCAGUUUUUCCAGCUUUUCUUGUCGAACACUCUUGAGGCAUUUGAAGGAGCACCAGGAGUAGAUGCCGCAAACUGUCCAGAGAAAGGCGAGAUUCAAAAUAAUAAUGAAGUUGGAAGCGAAGUGGACAGUGAUGGACAUUGUAUGACACCUCCAGAGUCAGCUGCACCCACUUCCUCCCCUUCUCCAUCUGUAACCCCAUCUAAAAAGCAGUUAGUGAGGCCGCAAUCGUUAAAAUCUGCACGUCCUGUCAAAGCAAACACCCCACAUGACUCCUCUGACCAGUCUUCACCUUUAGUGUUAACAUCAGCUGGGCGACCAAGAAAAACAAAAGAGCAGCUGGCAAUGCUAAAGGACUACUUUCAGCGUUGCCCUUGGCCAAAAAGCGAGGAGUACACCCAGAUAGUAGAACUGACGUCUUUACCUCGUGCUGAUGUCAUCCAGUGGUUUGGAGACACGCGAUACGCUGUAAAAAACGGCCAUGUACGUUGGGUCCAUGCUAAUGUACGAGACCAAGUGCUUGCAGAGAUAGCGUUGACGCAGAGUGGGGGGACUGCUGUUGAUUCAAGUGGAACUUUAGGAAGUGAAGCGAGCAGAAAACGCAAGUCACAAGGGAACAGUGCACCGAAAUUACAGAAGCCACCAAUGGAUUGUACAGACUACAGUCCUCUGGAGCUGUAUUACAGACAGUUUGGACCACUACAGGAGAAAGACCUUGACGGUCUGUGCCGAAAGUCAAAAAUGAGCUAUCAGCAGGUGCGGGACUGGUUUGCCUCCAAAGACAGUAAUACACUGGAUAUAGAGCUCAAUGUUAUUGAUUGACUUAUAAUAUAAAGAAGAAAACUAUGUUUGUACUCAUGUAGUUGUCUGUUAAUCUGCUGUGAGUCGUUUAAUCUGCAAGGGUUGGAAAACAGGAAAGGUUUGUUUCAUUCAUUUUUCUCUUCUUCAUCAUGUUAAAAAGUCGGUAGUAUCUACUACCUGUCUGAUCAGUUAUCCAAAUGGCAGUAUUGAAAAUGCUAACUAUUGUAGUCCAUUCACUAUCAAUUAUUUUUCUUGUGAUGUAUACACUGGCUGUUCUUUCAAUUUUUAUGUUAGUAUUAUUGUCAAACCGUCAACAAUUUUAAUGGCUGCUGCUUAGAACUGACAUGACACACGAACAAGUUACUCUACGGUCCCGCUUUUAGACCUGUACUAGUUUAGCUGUUUGGACGGGUUACAUUAGAGAGCAUUGAUAACUUUAAAGUGUGUAAUUUUUAGCAAAAGCUUAUGGCACUGUGUAACAGUUCCCUCUUAAACAGAUUAAUCUUUCUGUAAGUUUACAAUAUACUUUUAUUUUAACAUUCCGCACUUAGUUGAGUUUUUUAUUGAUCCGUUUUUCUGGUCUUUAUACUUUGUUGUGUAUAAGCAUUUCAUAAAAAACUUCUCAUCUCCACCGCAAAUAAAAACUAAAGGUAGAAUAAGAGCAAUAUUGCAAAGCAAUACAAAGCAAUAUUUCUUUGUAAGCCAAAGUUUGUAGAAAAUCUUUAGGAUUAUAGCAAUCUAUGUUGUCAGUUUUGUGAUCAGUCUAUGAAGGGACCACAGUACAGCUGUUAUAUCUAAUGAUACAGUAAAUAAAAUGAGGUAUUUGUCAAGACAA